CGAUUCCCAUGUGUAUAUUCGUAUAAUUGCCAUCUCGCCUCGCUUCUGCUGCUGCAUAUCUCCCAUCGGGUGGUUGUCUCCUCGGCUGUCGCAGCUCUGAUUUCGCAAGAAUGGCUUUCCUACUAGACAGAGCCACCAUGUUUUCUCGUUUUCAAUCCCAUUCUCAGAAAGAGAGAGAUCCAAAUUUUCUUCCAAGCCGUCGGCUUCAUAUCGAAGCAGGUGCUCGGGAGAAAGCUCUCUUAGAAGAAGACCUUGCUCUGAAGCGGUUCAAGUCACACAAGAAGAGUGUGUGGCGAAUCAAAAGAAUGGGGGAUGUGCUCACAAUUGUUGUUGUUGCUGGCUGUUGCUAUGAAAUCUAUGUCAAAGCAGUCAUGCGUGAAGAAGCUCGGAAAAGUGAGGGAGCAUGAUGAACAUUGUAUGUGUAUACAUUUUGACUUUUGUUCAUCUACUUGAGAUGACUAGCUCCUAUAAGGUUUCUUCAUAUCUUUUUGUAGUUUCAUGUUGUCUGAAUAAAUGUGAUGAGCCUUGUGGAUUCAUAUUCGGUUGAAAUGAAUCAGGAGGUGGAAGGUUCAAAGAACCAUUGGUUCAAUGUUCAUUGUGGGUUUUUUCUUUUUUACUGAAGAAAAAGGUCGUCAAAUUAAGUAAACAUGGGCUGAUUCACAAUGGAAAGACAGAUGACAAAUGUCCUUGUGGACUUUGAUUUUUCAGCAAUUUGAGAAAGCUGCAAUGUCUGCAUCCGCAGAAUCAAAUGGUGCUUUCUGAACCUUAUAUAGCCAAUGUGAAUGAAUUCAUCUUGUUUUAAA